AUGACACCCUCCUCGACCGACCAACCGGCCCACUCGGCUGCCCCUCUCUCCUCAUCUCCUCCGCCACCCAUCCACGCCCCCUCCGCUGCUGCUGCUGCUGCUCCCGAACAGGGUCCCUCUUCGUCCCCGGCAGCAUCCUCGCCCCACGCGCUGCCCCAGUUCCAGCUCAACUCGCAGGCUCUCCACCAACGCACAUCCUCGGAUCCUGCCUUGCUGCUCGCUUCCCCUCCCACCCCCAUCUCACCCCUGUCCGGCAGCCCUCCAUUCCACCAUUCGCAGCGUUCGCAUCCGCCAUCUGCGCCGCCGCCACCACCGACCCCCCUGCCGCUGCCGCAGCAGCAGCUCCGUAGCUUCCACCUCAGCCCGCGCCAGAUGCUGGCAGCUCAGCAGCACUUUGGCGGGACCGCCUACCUCGGCGACCCGCAGCAGCAGCAGCAGCAGCAGCAGCAGCAGCAGCAGCAACAACAACAGCAACUCGGUCAGCAGUCGCUCCCGCCCGCAGGCAAGCCGGACGAUGCGCUGGCAAACAUGGCUAGCUCAAUGUGGCAGGUCGACGAGUACGAUUCAUUCCUCAAGAGCCUAAUCGAUGGCCAGGAUCCGGGCCUGCUCGUCGGCUCGGGUGGUCCCGACGACAUCCCCGACUCGAGCUUCGACUUUGACGCUACGGCCAUGAGCAGCAUCCCCAGCUCGCACGCAUCCUCGUCCUACUUUUCUGGCGGCAGCGACAACGGCGCCAGCCCAGGCAGCUUCCACGACUUUGUCUACGGCGCCCACAACUUCCCGACGCCCCCGGACAGCGAUCUGGGAAACGCAGGCUAUCUCGGAGGCCGCAACGGCUCGAUCUCGAUGCUCUCUGGCCUCAGCCCCUCGAGCAUCGGCACCGGUAUCGAGGGCGACGGUGUGCUCGGCGCGCCCAACGCCUCGUCCGCCGCCGUCGACCCGACCUCGAUGCAGAUCCCGCUCGAGCUGCUGCAGAGCGCGGGAAUCGACCUGGCCGCCGCCGCAGCCAUGUCCAACUUCCCCGCCACCAACAGCGCCUGGAACCCCGGCUUCCUCGCGCCGACCAGCGCCACCACACUGCCUUCGGUCAGCCAACCGAUGCCUGCUCCGGCAGCUCCGGCGCUCGACAAUGUCGCCAUGCCUGCUGCGCCGCCCGCGGUGGCACCCCAGACCAAGGCCGAAGCGCGGAAGCGGACCGCAGCCGAGAUGGGCUCCACCAACGGCUCUGCGAAGAAGACGUCAAAAGCAGCGGCCGCCAAAGCUUCGGCCGCCUCUGGGGCUCGCGCGAUCAAGAAGCUCAAGGCGGAUCCCAGCGGCCCGAAGGCGACGCCUGCCGCCGCACCCGCACCCAUCCCGGCAGCCGCCGCCGCCAACCAGGCAUUGCCAGGUCGCGCGAUGAGCAAGCUGCCGCACAUGGAGGUCGGAAGCAACGCCACCGCCCUUGCGGCCAUCGAGAGGCUCAAGGCCAAGAGGCUCAGGGAGGCCGAAGAGGCGGCCGAGGCGCAGAGGCUCAAGGAGCAGGCCCAGCAGCAGCAGGAUGGCCGACCGUCUGCGUCAUCUUCGCCCUCAGGCGCCAACAAGGGCGACGCCGGCGACAAGCCGGAGCUGACGCCGCAGAUGCGGCAGCAGAAGAAGGUGGCGCACAACGCCAUUGAGCGCCGCUACCGCAACAACAUCAACGACCGCAUCGCCGCGCUGCGCAACUCUGUGCCGGCGCUCCGGGAGCUGCGUCCGCGCAAGACGCCCAGCGGCCGCAAGAGCCGCAAGGCGCAGCAAGAGGAGGACCUCGUCGACGGCGUGCCGGCCGCGACCAAGCUCAACAAGGCCACCAUCCUCGGCAAGGCCACCGACUACAUCAAGUACCUCAAAGGCCGCGAGCUGCGCCUCGCCAGCGAGGUGACCGGCCUGCGCGAGCUCGUCCGGAGUCUCGAGGGCGGCGAGGAGCUGCUCGAGCUGUGGGAGAGCGAGAUGGACAAGGUCGUCGCCGAACAGGAGGCGGCCGCCGCUGCUGCCGCUGCCAAAGAGGAGGAGGACCUCUCCCUGCAGCUCGACGGCGACGACGGCGAGGCGGACGACGACGAUGACGACGACGACGGCGAUGAUGACGACGUCAACAACGGCGGUGUGUCAUCGAGCAGCUCGUCUCCCUCGGCAUCGACCGCGUCUCGCCGGCAGCACGCUCGCGGCGGCCGCGGCAGCAAGGCGGCGCUGGCACCGUCCCGCUACAUGCUGGCCACCUUCCUGGGCGUCAGCAUGCUGGGCGGCGGCGCAGAGUACGCCAUCGAUUCGACGGCCGGCGAUGCCUCGGUGGCCGUCUCUCGUCCUUCGCCCGGACGGGUCGUGGUCGGCGCGAGCCACCAGCUGCUCAAGCGUUCGACGGCCUACCUCGCGCCGCCCUCGGCGCCUCAAGAGCCCCAUCGCUUCGAUCGUGUCCCCACGCACACCCUCAUCUUCGAGGUGGUUCGCAACGUGUCGCUGGCCGUGUGCUUCCUGCUGCUCAUCUGGCCCCUCGUCACCCGCCUCGCUCCCCGCUGGUGGGCCAGCAGCGACCGGACCAGGCAGAGGCAGGCGCGUCGCGCGGCUCAGGACACCAACAAGAGGCGCAAGGAGAUGCUUAUGUCGUUGAGCAGGGCCCACGUCGCGCCGCAGGACGUCGACCUCGCCCUGCGCGGAUUUGUGGGCGCGCCGCGGUCCACGCUCGGCGCGGUAGGCCCAAUCGCGCGGGAAACCAUCUCCCUCGUCUGGAACACGUACGUGGCCAGAGGGGGCGCUCAGGCGAUGCCGCUGGACCACGAGCACCUCGCCGUAUGGACCCGGCUCGUCGAGGUGGAGACGUCGCUCGAGCGACUGGCGCAGCCGUCCUUCCUGCUGCGUCUCCACGCCGUGCUGAGGGUAUCCAACGCUUGCCGCAAACUGGUGCCGAGCCGUUCGACGCCGAACGAUGCGAUCCUGAGCCCGGCGCGCAUUCACGGAACGCUGGCCAUCGCGCUGGCCAAGCUGGGCGAUGGCAUCGAGUUUGUCCAGGACGCUGCGGACCGCCAGUGGGAGAUCGCCAAGACCCUGGUCACCAGCGGCGACGCGGAUGCGGACGAGGAGGGCGAAGUUGCCGCCGAGGACCUGGCGGAGGGUAACUCGGCGAGCUCCGACUCGGGCGACUCGGACCUCGACGACACCCGCACCAUCAGCUCGGACGAGCGGCAGCUGCCGCCGCCGCAGCAACAAGGCACGGCCCCGGCGUUCACGCCGGCGUCGCUGGGCAAGGACGGCUGGAUGGAUGCCGUGCUCAAGCUGGAUCUCGAUGAGGCGCUCGACCUCCUCUCCUCUUCGUCGUCGUCGUCGUCGUCGUCGCGGGACGGUGACGCGCCCUCCGCCUCUCCGCUCGACGGCGAGGCGAAGCGGUACCGCCUCUCGCCCUUGAUCGCCAUCGCCGACUCGCUCUACACGCGGGAGCUCGGCGACAUCUGGACGACGCUCUUCUCGUCGCUCGUCAAGGGCACCUGCCCGACGUCGGCCGGGCUCAUGCUCUCUACGCAACAUGUCGACGCGCAGAGAGGCGUCGACGCAGCGCCGGACAUCUUUGAAGCCGGGCCGCUGUCCUGCCUCGCCUCGGUCCGCGACUUCUGCAGCCACCAGUCGAGCUCGCAGCAGCACCACCGCCUCGACCUGGACGUGGUCAGCGAUGCGGGCAGCCGGACCGCGAUGAACGCGCGCAUCGCAAAGCUAGCGGCGACGGCGCCCCGGGGUACGGCGAGCUGGGAGCUGUCGCGCAUCACGCUGGCUACGUGGGCGCUGAUGCUUGGCAACGUCGGAAUGGCCAAGGGCAUCGCCUCGCUGCUGAGCACCGGCGAGCCGGCGGCGGCUGCCGGUGCGUCUGGCGGCGUGCGCCAAUCGGCGGCCGGCUUGGCGCUGCGGCGCCUGCUGGGCGACGAGGACGCCGCCGCCACCGAUGGCGGCGAAGGAUCGGCGACGACGACGGUGGCGCCGCCACAGGAUGCCAUCGACGCGCUCGCCGCGUCGGUGCUUGGCUGGCUGCAGUUCCUGCGCCUGUUUGCCACGCUGCAGCAGACCUACCGUGCCCUGGCCACCUCGUCGUCGGCCUCGCACUCUCUCGCGCCGAAUGCCGCCACCUACCUGGCCUCGAUGGAGAGGAGCCGGAGCAGCCUGGUGCAGCACACGCUGCAGCUGCGACGGACGCUCCAUGCCGUGCGCCGUGCCGGUGCCCAUGUGAUUCCCGCCGCUACCGCCGCCGCCAAGGAAGGCCCGGCGAGGCGGCAAUGGACGACCAAGGAGCAGAUCCAGUUUGAGGAGGAUCUCGACGAGGUGGUCGACAUCCUCGCAUCGAUCGGACGUCGCGCCGCCACGCACCGCGUCGCCGCCGCCCCCACCGCCGCCGGUGGCAGCAGCUUGGUCAGGAAGGAGAAGGAGAGCGCGCUGCGGUCGUUUAGGUGGCUCGACGAAGAGGCGCACCUGGCGGCGCUGGGCGGCGCAGCCGGACUGAUGGCGCGCGGCGACGAGGACUCUGGCGUCGAGGUCUGA